UUCGACGAUCGUUCAGAAAGUCGCACACGUUAAAAAAUGGUCUUGGUAGAAUCUGCUGGUGGCUCGUCUGAGGGCGGGGACAAAUAUUGCUUUGCUAUUGAUCGCGGCGGUACCUUCACCGACGUGCUCUGCAUCUGUCCUGGCGGUCGUGUGCGCACAAUUAAGCUGCUCUCCGAGGAUCCAGAACGCUAUAGCGAUGCUCCCCGAGAAGGCAUUCGACGUAUACUCAAAGAGGAGACAGGUGAGGAUCUGGCCCCUUCUGGCUUGGUGAAUACCUCAAAGAUUGGUUGGGUGCGCAUGGGGACAACAGUGGCGACCAAUGCACUACUGGAGCGCAAGGGAGAUCCUGUCGUGCUGGUGGUUAACACUGGUUUCCGCGAUCUUCUCUACAUCGGCAACCAGGCUCGUCCAAAGAUAUUCGAUCUGAACAUUCGCAAGCCCGCUAAUCUCUACCAAACUGUCGUCGAGGUCGACUGCCGCAUUGUGCCCGAGCAGGCGGAUCGCUGUCAACUGAAUAACCAGUGGAAGGUGCUACAGGGCGUGGCCGGAAGCAAGUAUCUGGAAGUGCAGCCUGUAGACGAGUCUUCCGUCCGAUCCUCGCUGGCUGCUGCCCGUGAGCAAGGCAUCAACUCAGUGUCCGUAGUACUGACCCACAGCUACGCGUGUCCGGAGCAUGAACUGCGCAUCGGAGACAUUGCCAAACAGCUGGGAUUCAGCCAUGUCACGCUGUCCCACCAGGCCAUGCCCAUGUGCCGUGUUGUGGCCCGAGGUUACACAGCCUGUGCAGAGGCUUACCUGACGCCCCACGUGGAUCGCUACCUUGCUAGUUUCAAGUCCGGCUUCGAUAAUCAAUUGACCGGAGUGGAUGUUCUCUUUAUGCAGUCGGAUGGAGGCCUCACAAACAUGGAAAAUUUCCGAGGAGCUCGUGCCAUACUUUCGGGUCCGGCAGGAGGUGUGGUGGGUUACGCACUGACGGGAUCCCGUGAAACGGAUCUCCCGUUGAUUGGAUUUGACAUGGGCGGUACCUCGACGGAUGUUUCACGUUAUGCCGGCACAUAUGAGCACGUGAUUGAGAGCACUACGGCGGGCGUGACAAUUCAGGCGCCCCAAUUGGAUAUAAACACCGUCGCCGCAGGCGGCGGAUCGCGACUCUUCUUCCGUUCCGGCAUUUUUGUGGUGGGCCCAGAGUCGGCGGGCUCCCAUCCGGGUCCAGCUUGUUAUAAGAAAGGCGGUCCACUAACUGUUACAGAUGCCAAUCUGAUGCUUGGUCGCAUUCUGCCACAAUACUUUCCCAAGAUCUUUGGGCCCACUGAGGAUGAGCCUCUGGACUAUGAGCUCGCCAGGCGCAAGUUUAGCGAGCUGCAGGCCGACAUCAAUGCUCAUCUGGAAUCCUCCGGUGAUUCGAGAGUGUUGACCAUCGAGCAAGUGGCUCUGGGCUUCAUUCGGGUGGCCAACGAAACCAUGUGUCGUCCAAUACGCGCCCUGACCCAAUCCCGAGGCUUGGACACGGCCAAUCAUGUGCUCUCAUGCUUUGGUGGCGCCGGAGGACAACAUGCCUGCUCAAUAGCCCGUAAUUUGGGAAUUGCCAAGGUGGUCGUGCAUAAGUAUGCGGGAAUCCUCUCAGCCUACGGCAUGGCACUGGCUGAUGUCGUCCAGGAGGUGCAGGAGCCAAGUGGCGUGGAGUUUAACGAAUCAAAUGGUCAGGUGCUGAAGGAACGUCUGGAUGCAUUGUCAAAGCAGUGCCAUGCCAAGCUGGAGGAGCAGGGUUUCCGAACAAUUGAGCUGCAGCCAUUCCUUCAUCUGCGCUACGAAGGCACCGAUGGUGCUCUAAUGUGUGCGCCAGCAGCUGCUCCAGGUGGCCUUGAAUCCUCAACAUCAAUACUAGCCACAUACGGCGACUUCCAUGCCACGUUUUUGGAGCGUUACCGCACAGAGUUUGGCUUUGUGCUGCAGAACCGACGCAUAAUUGUGGAUGACAUUCGCAUCCGAGGCCUGGGUAAGAACGAAACACCGCCUGAGGCACAGAUAAGCGCUGCUCCAGAAGCUACGCCCACAUCCGAGGGCAACACCACCGUGCACUUCGACGAAGGUGCCUUCGAUGCGCCCAUAUUCUUGACCAAGAACUUGCUGGCCGGGCACAAGAUCUCCGGGCCGGCUGUGCUCAUCGAUCAGCUGUCUACCAUCAUCGUGGAGCCCGAGUGCAUGGCAGAAGUCACCAAGUAUGGGGACCUAGUCAUAGAUGUGCGAACUAGUGGCAAGCAUGGCAUCAACGAGGAACUGGACCCAGUGCACCUGAGCAUCUUUAGCCACCGCUUUAUGAGCAUCGCCGAGCAGAUGGGCAGAGUACUCCAGCGCACUUCCAUAUCGACCAACAUUAAGGAGCGCCUGGACUUCUCCUGCGCUCUCUUUGGCCCUGAUGGUGGACUGGUGAGCAACGCUCCACAUAUACCCGUUCAUCUGGGCGCCAUGCAGGAGACUGUACAGUACCAGCUGCGCGUCCGCGGUGAGACGCUAAGGAAUGGCGACGUCCUUCUGGCCAAUCAUCCCCAAGCCGGAGGCUCGCACUUGCCGGAUCUGACGGUGAUAACGCCAGUGUUUUAUGAGGGCCAACCGAAGCCCGUGUUCUUUGUUGCGUCGCGGGGACACCAUGCGGACAUAGGAGGAAUAACGCCAGGAUCCAUGCCGCCUCACUCCACAACGCUGGCCCAGGAGGGCGCCGCCUUCAAGUCAUUCCUCAUUGUGGAAAACGGACAGUUCCAGGAGAAGCAGAUUGUGGAACGCCUGACGACGCCAACCAACGCCAAGGGAGCUGUGGGCACUCGCAAUCUCAGCGACAAUCUCUCAGAUCUGAAGGCACAGAUCGCUGCCAACCACAAGGGCAUUCAUCUGGUCUCCGAGCUCAUUGACAGCUAUGGUCUGGGCGUCGUCCAAGCCUACAUGACGCACAUUCAGAAGAACGCGGAGUUGGCCGUGCGCGAUAUGCUGCGUCAGAUUGGUCGGGACACCUUGGAGCGCACUGGAUCCACAGUGCUUACAGCUCAGGAGUUUAUGGAUGAUGGCUCGCCCAUCACACUGCGGGUCACCAUUGAUCCCGAGAGUGGAUCGGCCUUGUGCGACUUUACCGGAUCGGGUCAAGAGGUUUGGGGCAACUGCAAUGCUCCGCGUGCUAUAACUUUGUCGGCACUUAUCUACUGUCUCCGUUGCAUGGUGGGUCAUGAUGUGCCGCUUAAUCAGGGAUGCCUGGCGCCCAUUCAAGUAGUGAUACCCAAGAAUUCCAUUCUGGAUCCUUCAGAGGGUGCAGCUGUAGUUGGCGGAAAUGUGCAGACAUCGCAGCGCAUUGUGGACACCGUUCUAAAGGCAUUCCGUGCUUGUGCCGCCUCCCAGGGCUGCAUGAAUAACAUCACAAUCGGGGACGAUCAGUGGGGCUACUACGAAACGGUGGCUGGCGGAUCAGGCGCUGGUCCAGAUUGGCAUGGAGCAGGUGGUGUGCACACACACAUGACUAACACCCGCAUUACCGACCCAGAGAUUCUAGAGUUGCGAUAUCCCAUGAUCCUAAAGCGCUUCUGUCUUCGCACCGACGGCUCCGGCGGUCGCGGACGGUUUAUUGGUGGCGAGGGAGUUGAGCGGGAUUUACUCUUCCGCAAGCCGGUAACAUUAUCCGUUCUAACUGAACGACGCACGCUUCAGCCCUACGGAUUGGCUGGUGGACAGCCAGGUAAAUCUGGACGUAAUCUCAUCAUUAAGAACGAUGGUCGAGUUAUUGCCCUGGCUGGCAAGAUCUGCAUCGAUGUGGAAGCGGGGGACACGUUUGCAAUGAAAACGCCUGGUGGCGGUGGUUACGGUCACAGCGAUGACUCCUCGAACGCCGAUCUUUCCCCUCCCACAAGUGAAAGCGGCCACAGAUUCGUGGAGCGGGGCACUGUCUACAAUUAUAGUCAAGCCCAAGAGUCUGCAUGAAAAUAAUAACAACAUUACAAUGAAUUUAUAAACGUACGUGUAUUAUAAUAAUAAAGCACAUUUAAAUUGUUAUUUA